UCCAUCCAUGCCAUCUCAAUCUUCUGCUCUACAACACAUCACAAAACUCUGUUUCUCUUCCCUUCAACAGAGACCCAUCAUUAUUUCCGUUUUCUGGGAAUCACUCUCCAAUCCCUUCCUUAAUUUCCACGAACUGUUUGCUCCACUCACACUCCAACAACACUUACGAAUUUCAAAUUGAAAAAAGCUUGUAAAUGGGAAGGUGUAUGAGCUUCAUCACUUGGCGUGACCGGUGCUUCCGGUACUCCUUCUCCAACGCGGGCCUGAAAUCAACAACAACCGAUCUGGGCGACGGUACCAUCAUGCACUGUUGGGCUCCCAAAGCCCAUAACCAUUCCAACCGUUCUCUUCUUCUCAUCCAUGGCAUCGGAGCCAAUGCCAUGUGGCAGUGGAACUACUUCAUCUCCUCCCUCACGCGCCACUUCAACGUCUACGUCCCCGACUUGCUUUUCUUCGGUCACUCCUACACGACCCGACCCGAGAGGUCCGAAUGGUUCCAAGCCAAGUGUGUCAUGGCUCUUCUCCAGGCUCACGGGGUCCAUACGAUGACCGUGGUUGGGUUGAGCUAUGGCGGCUUUGUGGCUUACAGCAUGGCGGUGUUGUUUCCAAAGAGUGUGGAGAAGUUGGUUGUGUGUUGUGCUGGUGUGUGCUUGGAAGAUAAGGACAUGGAUGAAGGCAUGUUUAAGGUCAAAAAUGUUGACGAGGCUGUGAGUAUUUUACUUCCACAGACACCUCAAAUGGUUAGGGAACUGGUGCAGCUUACCUUCGCCAAGCCUAUCAAAUUCUUGCCAACUUGUUUUCUCAAUGAUUUCAUUGAUGUGAUGUGUACGGAGUAUCGCCAGGAGAGGAAAGAACUAAUCCAAGCAUUGCAUAAAGACAGAAAAGUAUCCAAUCUUCCCAAGAUAACCCAGCCUUUGCAGAUUAUCUGGGGAGAACAGGACCAGGUAUUCCCACUGGAGUUAGCUCAAAGACUAAAACGGCAUGUUGGAGAGAAGGCACAACUUGUGGUCAUUAAGAAUGCGGGGCAUGCAAUCAACGCAGAGAAGCCCAAAGAACUUUACAAGAAUUUAAAAUCCUUCCUCAUUGAUCCCUUAACUCCAUCUAAGCAAGAAAGUCACAGCAAUGAUCACAAGAUGGACCAGAAAGGUUGACCCUCAGAAUGGAAAAACUGUUCAUCAUUGUGGAUAUGUAUGUUAUUAUUUUAUCUGACAGCUACGACUGAUGCUGCUUUUGUUGGGUUGUUU